GAGCCUGAGAUGGGGCUUGAUCCCACAACCCUGGGAUCAUGACGUGAGCUGAAAUCAAGAGUCAGACACUCAACCCAGCUGAGCCACCCAGACACCCCUGAGACAGAUUUUAAACGUAGAGCAGACUGAGUCAGGCUGUUCUCCUCCUGCCAGACGCCAAAGAGUUUCUCCCCCAUGAUGGGCCACUAAGGCAGACUUUUCAGCUCUGCGGACCCCAUUGUUCUAUGCCCGGAGCUCGGAAUGGCAGGAGAAAGGAGUGUGGCAGGUGUGGCCAGGUGUCCCCAGUCCCUUGGGCAUGUGCUGAAGGUUGGCUCCCUCACCUGCUUCCCUCUUCUACCCCCAAGAGCCCUGUUCUAGAGGAAAGAGUAACAUCUAGAAAGUACAUCAGGUAUAACGGUCCCUUACAUUGAUGGCACUUUCCAUAUUACAAAAUGCAUUUAUAUUUGUUGCUCUGCGAGCAUCACAAACCAUACCAAUGGGCAAUUUCAUAGGUGGGGAACCAGGGACUUGGUGCAAGUGAGAAAUAGAAUGUAUAGGGUCGUGAGAAAACACGUGCAGUGGGUUACAGGGAACACUGUGGUUUCUGCUCUGUGGGCGAGUGCCUGUGGUCAGGGUCUGAGAGCAUCAGGGGAUUUGUUGUAGUGGUUAGGUCGUGGCUGACUGCCCUCCUCCCUCUAAAUACUCUCUUGAUGCCAUGUCACUGAAUCAAUUUGAAAAGAAGUAAAGCAUUUCUGUCCAAUGGGACUAAGCCAACAAGGAACUGAAUUGCCGAAACUGUUUGGCAGAAGACACACGUUGCAUUGAAGCAGCAGCCGCUUCUGGUGACAAAUAUACCUCGAAACCUUGGCAAACCAUCUGUUGAAUUUAAGAGAGGGUUUACUGCAUUGUGAUUACCUGUGUAUAUCCUGAGAUCUGUGUCUAAUAUUUACCAGAGAGGAACGCAUGGUGAAUUAUUUCUGACUUCUGACACAUAACGAAUUUCCAUACGCUCUUCCCAGAUUGAAGCAUUGUCCUCUCGGCAACCUUGGCAUAGGCCAAGAAUCUGAGGUUUAUGAGAUGCUACGGAGAAGCAGGAGCUAGAAAAAUAGUCCACCCCAUUCCAAGCUUCUGCAGAAAGUCCUGGAGCCUGAGGAGAAAGGUGACCCGUCCUGUAUGCCGUCGGAGGCUGUUGGUCAAGGCCGGGCGUGUGGAUCAGUCAUUGCUGAAAGACAGGUGCGCAGAGCCUAGCGGCGGGAGGAAAGAGCACAGUGUGGGCCAUUAAACACUGAUAAUAAAAUAAUCUAACUUUGCCUUCGUGCCUUGGUCUGUGUUACAGAAGCUGCAGAUCUGGCUGUUUCCUGUCCCGUGUGCACCGUGUGGCUGAGGGCUGGGUCAAAAUCCACUGAAGAUAAAAAAGUAUCCAAAAGGUUGAAGAUUUAGUGCAUGUUUGAUGAUCAGUUGGAACUUAGUAUUUAUAAAACCUUUGGAUUCCAAGCUUCCAACUGCAUUUACACAAGGUACAACAAUGGAUCUUUUCAUAGUUCUGGUGAUUUAUCUUUCUUGUUUGAUUCUUUUUUUUCUCUGGAAUCAAAACCAUGCCAAAGGGAAGCUACCACCUGGCCCCACUCCUCUGCCAAUCGUUGGAAAUAUUUUGCAGAUAAAUACUAAUAAUGUAAGCAAAUCCAUAAGUAAGCUAGCAGAGAGUUAUGGCCCUGUGUUCACUGUGUACUUUGGCAUCAAGCCCACUGUGGUGAUAUACGGAUAUGAAGCAGUAAAGGAAGCUCUAAUUGAUCAGAGUGGGGUGUUUUCUGGCAGAGGCCCUUUCCCAGUGCUGGACAAAUCCAUCCAGGGAUUAGGAAUUGUUUUCAGCAACGGAGAGCAGUGGAAGCAAGUCCGGCGUUUCUCCCUCAUGGUUUUGCGGAAUAUGGGCAUGGGGAAGAAGAGUAUUGAAGACAGAAUUCAAGAGGAGGCCUUGUAUCUGGUGGAAGCAUUAAAAAAAACCAAUGCAUCUCCCUGUGAUCCUACUUUCCUUCUGGGCUGUGCUCCCUGCAAUGUGAUCUGCUCCGUUGUUUUCCAGAAUCAUUUUGAGUAUGAUGAUGAGAAAUUUUCAAUCUUGAUAAAUUAUUUUCAUGAAAACCUCCUAAUUUCAAGCAACUCCUGGAUACAGCUCUGCAAUGCUUUUCCUCUUUUAAUACACUUUCCAGGAUGUCACAAUGUGUUACUUAAAAACAUUGCUAACCAAUGUAAGUUUAUUGUGGAAAAAAUAAAAGAACACCAAGAAUCCCUGGACCUCAGUAACCCUCGAGACUUUAUUGACUACUUCCUGAUCAAAAUAGAAAAGGAAAAACACAAUAAACAGUCUGAAUUUACCAUGGACAACUUGAUCUUUACUGUCUGGGAUGUGAUUACUGCAGGAACAGAGACAACGAGCACCACCCUGAGGUAUGGACUCCUGCUCCUGCUGAAGCACCCAGAGGUUACAGCUAAAGUCCAGGAAGAGAUUGACCGUGUGGUUGGCAGACACCGGAGCCCCUGCAUGCAGGACAGGAGCCACAUGCCUUACACAGAUGCUGUGGUACAUGAGAUCCAGAGAUUCAUUGACCUCAUCCCCAACAGUCUGCCCCAUUCAGUGACUCAGGACACUAAGUUCAGAGAAUACCUCAUUCCCAAGGGCACAACCAUAUUAACAUCUCUGACUUCUGUCCUGCAUGAUGACAAAGAGUUUCCCAACCCAGAUCAGUUUGAUCCUGGCCACUUCCUGGAUGAAAGUGGCAACUUUAAGAAGAGUGACUACUUCCUGGCUUUUUCAGCAGGAAAGAGAGUUUGUAUUGGAGAAGGCCUGGCCCGCAUGGAGCUGUUUUUACUACUGACCAACAUUUUACAGCAUUUUACGUUGAAAUCUGUGGUUGAUCCAAAGGACCUUGAAACUGCCCCAAUUGUCAAUGGGGUGGGUGCUGCACCACCCGUAUAUAAGCUGUGCUUCAUUCCAGUCUGAAGAAAGGUCAGGCCUCACGUGAACAAGCCAGAUGCUUUCUGUCCUGUGUGUUAGCUGUAUGACAUUCCUGACCCUGUCUCUUCUAAUUUUCCUCACCCUUUCAGAUUCAGUUCAGAUUUCCCCACAUGGAACAAAAAUUCACUUUCCAAUAAAAUUUUUUUUGUAAUUGUGAGAUCUUAAGCUGUAUCUCAUCUGCAGUGUAUACCAAAUGUAAGAGACUUCAAAUGUCAUAUUGAAUAUUAAAAAUUAUCCUGAGUUAAAAAAGUUUUUUAAAUAUAUAAAAUUUGCUCGUCUCUUACUCCAGUUAGCUCUCCAGGGGAAUAAUCUCUUGAUAGUUUGGCAUGUACAAUUUGUUUUUUUCCCAAUAAUUAUUAAAAAAUAAUUGGGGGGGGCACCUUGGUGGCUUAGUUGGUUUAGCAUCCCACUUGAUUUCAGCUUAAGCCAUGAUCUUGCAGUCAUGAGAUCGAGCCCCAUGUCAGGCUCUGUGCUGAGCUUGGAGCCUGCUUGGGAUUCUCUCUCUCCCUCUCUCUCUGCCCCUUGCCUGCUUGUGCUCAAUCUGUCUCAAAAAAAAAAAAAAAAAUCGUGUGUGAUGCACGUUUGUGUAUACAUGUAUGUAUAAGUAUAUACAUGCAGGGAGAAAACAGAAGAUCAUUCUAGCCAGAGGCAAUAACAUGAGAUAAAACUUGAAUUUGCUGCUCUGUCCAAGGAUGCCCUUCCUGUUUUCCCCUACUGGUUAAACACACAAAUGGAGACACACACAUACACAGACAUAGUAAGGCAAAGAAUAGGGGAAGGUGAUGUGUAUGUAUGGUUAUAUUUGAAUACACAUAUCAGAAAUAUGGGUUUUUAUGUAUGUGUGUAUACACAUAUACCUAUGAUUUGCUGGUGACAUAUUUUUACAAGUCAUAUAAAUAAAAAUACCCUGUUGUAUGGCUAUAAUUUUUAAAAUUAUCUCCUUAUUCAAGGGUAUUUAUUUUUGAAUUUUUGUUGAUAUAAAAAGGCUGCUAUAUGUGUCUUUCAUUAUUCAGGAAUAAAUGUGAAAUGGCUGCACAUACAUGUGCACUUUUAUUUUUCAUACAUACUGAAGCAUAAGACAAAAAUUAUGUGUCUGUUUACUUUUCUAUCAUGAGUAUAUAAUCAAAACACUAUUUGACCAAAUCCUUGUAUAAUAUUGAGGAUUGAAUUCUUUGGUAGAUUUAGUAAUUUUUAACUAAAACUUCAUAGAUUUUCAAGUAGGAAAUCCUAUCACCUGUAAAUAUUUCAUUGCAAUGACCAGGAAUUUCCAGAAAUAAAUAACAUCUAUAUAUCUA